AUGGAAGAACAGAGUACGGACAUAGAAGUGACGGUGAAAACGUUAGACUCUCAGAGCAGAACCUACACCGUCGGCGCUCAGUUGACGGUGAAAGAGUUCAAGGAGCACAUUGCGUCUUCUGUGGGGAUCCCUAUUGACAAACAGAGGCUUAUCUACCAGGGCCGAGUCUUGCAAGAUGAAAGGACCUUGGCGGACUAUAACGUGGGUGGCAAGGUGAUUCAUCUGGUGGAACGCGCUCCCCCUCCGCCCUCCCAGCCCGGCUCCGGUUCCGGCGGAACCUCGGCCGACAGCGGCGGCUCGUCGUCGUCCCAAGACGGGCCCCAGGCGCCCCCGCACGACCGCAACGCUAACAGCUACGUCAUGCUGGGCACCUUCAACCUUCCCGUCAACAUCAUGGACCCUCAACAAAUACAGAUGUCAGUUCAGCAGAUGGUUUCCGGCAUGGGGGAAAACGCCAGGAACGCCAGAGUGACGACCAGCACCGGGAGCAAUGGGUCCGUGAACGUUCACAUCGACAUGGAUCAGCCGGUGCAAAGCGAACCCAGGCUUAGGUUGGUGCUGGCUGAAAAUAUGCUGAGGGACAUUAACGAUCUUAUUGAAAGGAUGGAGGGUCGAACAGCCGACUCAUCCGUCCAAACCCAAAGAGAGGCCCCCUCCGCCGCGGCCCCGCCGCCUCCCUCGUCUUCGUCCACCACCUCCACCCCGUCCCCCUCCACCCAACCCAUGGACACCUCCCCUCCUCCGGACACGCCACCACCUCCGCCUUCCUCCAAUACGGCGCCAUCCGAGGGACCCGCGCCUCAACCCGGACCCCGGCACCCCAGCCCGGCCGAGCUGGCCGAGAUGUUGUCAGAGUUGCGGCGGGUGGAGGAGCGACUGCAGCCCUUUGUUCAGAGAGCUCACACCAUCCUGGAGACGGCUACCUCUGCCGAAUACAACAAUAACACGGAAAGGGAGGACGACCAGCAGACACUCGUCCUGACGUGGGAGUGCCUGCGUCUCCUCGGCAACGCCCUGGUGGCCCUGAGCGACCUGCGGCUCAACCUGUUGAGCCCUGUGCCACGCCAUCUCCACGUUGUGCGGCCCAUCUCCCACUACACCGUUCCCGUCACCAUGCCCGGCGCCGUGCACCACCACAUCCCCGUGCAAAUGAACCUAGGCGCCACCGUGUCAGCUGCGGCACCCAACGGCACCGAGGGACAAGCCCCGCCCGCCCCGCCGGCCGGCCAAUCGGAGCAGGCAGGUCAGAGCCAGAGCUCUCCCACACAGACUCCCCCGUCCAAUACGCAGGCCGGCCAGGGACAGGCCGGCCCCCGCGUCAUCAGGAUCAGCCACCAGGCAGGCCCGGUGGUCAUGAUGCAGAUGAACACGGACGGUACAGGGCCGAACCCGGCGGCUGCUCACCAGGUGCCAGGACAACCAGGUGGUCUUCCCCCAGACUUCAUGCGCAACCUGAUGCAACAGAUCACCCAGUAUGCCACGGCGGUAGCGACCAGUGCCGCCACGGCGGCCGCCGCGAGUCAAGCGGUCCCGCCGCAGCCCACACCUCCCGGCUACGGCUCCACGGGCAACUCCUCCGCCACCACCACGGGUCCCAACACCCCCACCACCACCCCCACGGCGCCGCCUCCGCAGCCCCCCAACGCCGGCCCCCAGGCCAGAGUGGUGUUCACUCGGCCGCCCUUCGCCCCCAACAUCCCCCUCCCGGCGUUCGGUACCCGGGGGACCACCAUCAACGUGAGGGCGGCUGUGCCGGGCCAACAGGGUCAGGCUUUUAACGCCGCCGCUCUCAACCAGAUGAUAAGUGCAGUGGUGGGGCAGCUCAUAAUGCCAGGACAAAUGGCUGGUCAAACAGCUAACACGUCGCCCUCCACGUCGUCCUCCACCUCCUCUUCCACCUCCUCGUCUUCGUCCUUCUCCGUGUCGAGCGCCGACGCUAACGCCGGCGUUCAAGCCGAGGGCAACCCGCCGCCGGAGACGUACGCCGAACUCCGUCAGAUGGUGGGCUCGCUUCUGGGCGGCCAAGGGGGAGCGCCCUCCUUCGAGCUGGACCCCGCCAGCUUCCCCAGCCUCAUGGAGGGAGUGGCCGACUUGAUGCGGCAGCAGUCCGUCAACGCGCUUAGGCAGCGGCGGGCAGCGGCGGCAGCUGCCGCCGCUGCUCCCGACGCGAGCCCCGAUCCGUCCCCCGACCCGCCGGCGUCGGCUCCGGCGCCCCCCGACGGCGUCAACCAGGAGCCGUUCAUCGACAUCGUUCGCGGCGUCCUGACCAGCCUGAUGGGGUCCUUGGGACAGGCGCAGAAUGACACGGAGAGCAUCGCGCAGUUCAUGCAGAGGCUCUCGCAGAGAUCCAACAUCUUCAUCAGUCCAGAAGAACCGUCAGGGUUCUUCGGUGAGUUGCUGAUGCUGGUGUGCCAGACUUUCACCAUGUCGGACCUGGUGAUGCUGCUUCAUGCUAACCACCAGCCGCUGGGCCGCAUCCAGCCCCGCCUGGCCCAGUUUUUCCGCCAGAGCUACCUCAACGGCAGGGAGCCCACCGACGAAAACAUCGCAGCUGCCGCCGACACCAUCGUCGGAGAACUGGAGGACGACAUCACAGAGAGCUUCAGGGAGUCGGCGGUCAGCGUGCUGGACGGCGUGGACGCCACUCAGACCAACAUGUCCUUCUUUAGGCAGCAACUAACUCAGAUGGCCACGCACAUUCUGCGCUGCACGGACGAUUCCUUCGGCCCGCGUCUGCUUCACUUGUGCAACCAGGCUCUGUUCGAGUGUCUGGCUCUCAACCUGCACUGUCUGAGAGGAGACCAGCACGCUCUGACGGCCGUCAUCAACCACCGAAUCCGGAGGAUGUCGAGCGACAUCAGCCCCAGCCUGCUCAACUGGAUGAUCAGCAUGAUGACCAUGAGGCUGCAGUUCAUCCUGGAGCACCUCCCCGUCAGCCACGAGCAGAUUCAGAGUUACAUCGUUUACACGCAGAGGGAUCAGUCCACCGCCACCGACGCGCAGGAAGCAGAACGCGCCCAAAGCGCGACGAUGAGCGACACCCUCUCGCCGGCCGCCGCCACCACGGCCGAAGAGGCCAUGUCGGCGUCGUCGGCGCGGGAGACCAGAGCGCCGCCCGCCGACCUGGGAGGGGCCGCGCCGGUGGGAGGCGACAAAGCGGCGGCGGGGGCCGAGGGCGCCGCCGGAGACUCGGCGGGAGAGACGGAAGCGUGGACGGCCGCCGUUCCGCCGGAGUGGGUUCCCAUCAUUCGCUGCGACAUGAUGACACAGAGGAAGAUGAAGGCGCAGCCGCCGCUGUCGGACGCCUACUUGCACGGCAUGCCGGCCAAGCGUCGCAAGACGGGCCCGGGCGGCGGGAGCCUGGCGUCGCUGUCUGACGCGGUGAGCCAAGCGGCCCGGACGGCCGGCGUCAGGCCCGUCACUUCCGCCGAGCGCCUGCAGGAGGAGCUGGACGCGCCCCGUCUCAGGGAAGCCUACUCGGAGCAGGUGAAGUCCGACAUCAAGAAACGAGUGCGGGACGACGCCGACUUCAACGCUCAGCAGUUCCCGGACGCGCACAGAGCCUUCCUAUCCGACUCGUAG